ACUCAAAUGUCGGUCGCUCAAAUGUCGGUCGCUCAAGUGUCGGUCGCUCAAGUGUCGGGGUCGCUCAACUGUCGGUCGCUCAAGUGUCGGUCGCUCAGAUGUCAGUCGCUCAAAUGUCGGGGCGCUCAAGUGUCGGCGCUCAAAUGUCGGCGCUCAAAUGUCGGGCGCUCAAACGUCGGUUAAUCUACGUGGGACAGCGAUGACGUUUUAACGUUAAACUGUGUUCCUGGGUACAGUUUUAAUCCAAAAUUAAUCAAUUUUGGAGAUGAUGAAGGUGAUAAAAAGCGCGAAAAGGGUAACUGGGGUGGGAAUCCGAAUCCGAUACCAGAAAUGAGUUAUUACUUAAUAUACAAGUUAAUAAAUCAGUUAUUGAAAAAUGAAUUUCCGGAUAAGGGUUGUCCGAAGCAGUCUCAAGCACGGCAAGCAGCAGAUGCCAAAUCUCAUCAACAGAGACGACAAAUGGAAACGCCCGAGCAAUCGCAAACACGACGAGCAGCUGCUGCCGAAGGUCAGCGCUUAGUCCAAGAGCGACGAAGCCAUCAGAGUCGAGAAGAGGCUAUUCACUUCAAAGAGAAUCGCGUUGUUGCCCACAAUUGUGGUCCAAUGAAUGAAAUCUGUCAAUUAUGUCGAUCGAGAAACUUCAAGGCUGAGCGCCCAUAG